AUGUCUGUGGCUACAUCGCGCCUCAAGGGCCUGUUGGGACAUCUCACUUCAUCGGCGAAGACACCUCCGGCGGAGUACGAUCAUAAUCACCAUGUACACGAAUUGUCGCCAACAUUCUUCCUGGAGCGCGCAGCAGCGAUUGAACCCGAUGCCCCGGCUAUCUAUCAUGUAACGUCCAACAAUCAGAUACUGAGACGAUCGUACAUAGAAUUCGCCGAUCGGGCGCGAGGACUCGCUUACUACCUUUUGAAAAAUCGGUUCAAGCGCGUUGGCAUCCUGGCCACAAAUACGCCUGCUUUCCUCGAGUCCAUCUUCGGUGUUGCUGCAGCUGGUGCCGUACUUGUGCCAGUCAAUUAUCGAUUGAAGCCGGAUGACAUAACCUAUAUCUUGGAUUUUGCGGAAGUGGAUUCCAUUAUCGUCGACCAAGAGUAUAUCUCUCUACUAGAUGAAUUCAAGAAGGCGCACCCAGGGGUGAAAAUUAUCAUUGACACUGAUACGGAUGCAACUGAAGGUCAGCUGUGCGGGCCUUUUGAUGAGACAAUCCUUGAGGGUCUACAGUAUGACAAAACGCAAGGCAACAAGGGCUGGGUAGGCUUGCACUCACAAUGCUCGAAUGAAGAUGACAUGCUCGCAAUUCCGUUCACUUCAGGCACAACCUCAAGGCCGAAGGGAGUGAUAUACACCCAUAGGGGAGCGUAUCUGGCAAGCAUGGGAAAUGUGAUAGAGUCUGGUUUGAACUACCACAAUGGCAGAUGUAGGUAUCUGUGGACAUUGCCUCUAUUUCAUGCCAUGGGUUGGACGUUUCCCUGGGCAAUAACAGCUGUUAGGGGCACGCAUUAUUGUUUGAGGAAGAUUGACUACUCACUGAUAUGGAGGUUACUCAAGGAAGAGCGUAUUACCCAUUUCAACGCAGCGCCUACUGUCAAUACCCUCCUAUGUGCAUCCAAAGAAGCCGAAAAACUACCGGAGCCAGUACGAGUAACAGUUGCGGCUAGCCCGCCGACAGCUCAUCUUUUUGAGCAAAUGAUGAACCUGAACCUUCACCCUGUUCACGUCUAUGGCUUGACUGAGACCUAUGGACCAGCUACCAAGGGGUAUCACAUGCCCGAAUGGGAUAUAUUGCCGUCAGCACAGAAAUUCGCAAAGAUGGCACUCCAAGGUCAUGGUUUCGUGACCAGUCUACCGAUCAGAAUUAUCAAGCCGGAUCAGCCAGACGGGGUUCUCAUCGAUGUUGCCAAAGACGGUAGAGAAAUUGGAGAGAUCGUCUUCACAGGCAACAUUUGUGCGAAAGGCUACUACAAGGAUGCGGAGGCUACACGAAAACUUUUCCUCGGUGGUGUUCUACACUCUGGCGACUUGGCAGUCUGGCAUCCUGACGGCAGUGCACAGAUCCAAGAUCGCGCCAAAGACAUCAUAAUUUCAGGUGGCGAAAACAUAUCCUCGGUGGCUUUAGAGAGCAUGCUGGUACAGCAUCCGGAUGUGCUGGAGGCAGGAGUUGUGGCCGUGCCUGACUCGCACUGGGGUGAGCGGCCUAAAGCAUACCUUACUGUCAAAGAAGGCAAGACUUUGAAGGCAGAGGAUAUGAUCGACUGGGCAAAGCAUCAAAGUACUAUUAGUAAGUUUAUGGUGCCAAGAGAAGUUGAGGUUGUCGACGAGCUUCCGAAGACAAGCACUGGAAAGAUUCAGAAGAACGUGCUCAGAGAAUGGUCAAAGAAGGGGAAACCCCAGGCUUAA